AUGGGCGGUGGAAUCGCUGGUGCAGCCCUACUCCGCGGCUUGCUACAAUAUCCCCACCUAGUCGUCGACAUGUACGAGUCCCGUCCGUCAUUCCGGGAAGAAGGACCCGGUAUAUCCCUCAGUCCAUCUACAGAACUGGCUCUUCAGGCUAUUAACCCGGCCCUCGAAGUUUGCCUCAACCGGGCUGGCGCAGUCUACGGACCCAUGGAGCUACGAGUUGCCUCGGGCUCACACACGGGCCGCAAAGUCGACAUCGCCAGUCUUGGAACUCCCUCCAAGAAGAGCGUAGACAAUGACGCGUUCCUCGCUCAGAUGCUGUCCGGUGUUUCCCGUCGGAUGCUACAUACCAACACCCGUCUCUCAUCUAUACAGAAGACGACCGAGGGAGACAUCCUGUUGACAUUCGAUGACGGCACUCAAAAGGUGUACGACGUCGUCGUGGGUGCGGAUGGAGUCCACGGCAUGGUACGCUCACAUGUCGUCGGCCCCAACGACCCAGCUGGGUAUCCCACGCCGUCGGGGAUCUGGGGACUUCCGAUCAAGGUCCCCAUCGCGAGGGCACGCCAAAUGAUGGGCUCGCACUUUCUUGAUCCGCAAAACCCGCGUCAAGUCGUUUGGCUGGGCGAGGGCACAAUGAUGCAGCAUGAUAUCUUAAGCAACGGCCGUGAGGUCCAAAUCGUCCUGUAUGCCAUGAUCGGAGACACCGAGGAAGAGUUCUCCUGGGCGAGGCUUUUCACGCCUGAAGAGAUGGAGCAGAUGUUUUGCGGGAGCACGCCUCAGGCUUGUCGAGGCAUGGUCAGGCUCGUUCAAAGCCACUACACCGUCCAAGUAGCCGGCAUGUGUCAAAUGCAACACGUCCACACCCCCACCUAUGCCUCAUCCAAUGCCUGCUUAAUCGGCGAAGCCGCCCACACCCUGUUCCCUAUGCAGAAUAUAGGCACCAACCUCGCCCUCGAACAAGCACUCAUCAUAAGCACCAUGCUCGGCCGCACAAUGUCCAAGGCGGAGAUUCCGGCUGCCCUACAGGCGUUUGAUCAAGUGUGCCGACCGCGCGCCGAGGCCGUCGCUCAGGAUACCUUUGAGCUGGCGGAUGUGCUUACGGGAAGGGAUCCCGGGGCCGGGCUCGAUCCGGUAUUGAUUGGCGAGAGGCUGGGGUGGAAGUGGUCGUAUAUGCAUAAUGGGUUUGACGUCGAGGCUGCCAGGGCUGAGGCAUGGGAGGCUAUGAACCAAGGGCUGGGAAUGGGUGGGACGUGGUAG